CCGGGAGCUGCAGCCGGGCCCCAGAGGGAGUCAUGUGAGAAGCCAGCGCGCUUGGCCGCUUCCGUCCCCGCGGUACAGUGGUCUGCGCCCGCCCUUCGGCCCAGCCGACACCUGCCGGUGCGCACCUGGAGCUGGGCCCGGCGGGGCAGCGCGCACUCUCCGGCCGAGCCUUUCCCGCCGGGGCUCGGCUUUCACGCCUGGCUCGCCGGCCUAACCCUGGGCAAGGCUGGCCGCACCUCCCCGUUAGCGUUCUUUCUCUACCUUUGCCCUGAGCUCAGCUCCUCGGCGUAGGAACUCCUAAGCAGGAGAAGAAAUGCUUUUAAUACCCAUUGGUUCACAGCAAGACCCAUAGGUUCCCAAACUUCGCUUAGAAUCACCUGGGAAUCUUUCAGAGUCCUGAUACCCAGGUCUCACCCCAUACCGCUUAGUUAACCAGAGUGCCUGGAGACGGCGUUUUAAAGAUCUCAGGCUGAAGACUUUAAGUGACAAGUCAAGAGAAGCAAAAGUGAAAAGCAAACCCAGGACUGUUCCAUAUUUGCCAAAGUACUCUGCUGGGUUAGAAUUACUUAGCAGAUAUGAGGAUACAUGGGCCGCACUUCACAGAAGAGCCAAGGAAUGUGCAAGUGCUGGAGAGCUGGUGGAUAGUGAGGUGGUCAUGCUUUCUGCACACUGGGAGAAGAAAAAGACAAGCCUUGUGGAGUUGCAGGAGCAGCUCCAGCAGCUCCCAGCUUUAAUCGCAGACUUAGAAUCCAUGACGGCAAAUCUGACUCAUUUAGAGGCUAGUUUUGAGGAGAUAGAGAACAACCUGCUGCAUCUUGAAGACUUAUGUGGGCAGUGUGAAUUCGAAAGAUGCAAACAUAUGCAGUCCCAGCAACUGGAGAAUUACAAGAAAAAUAAGAGGAAGGAACUUGAAACCUUCAAAGCUGAACUAGAUGCAGAGCAUGCCCAGAAGGUCCUGGAAAUGGAGCACACCCAGCAAAUGAAGCUGAAGGAGCGGCAGAAGUUUUUUGAGGAAGCCUUCCAGCAGGACAUGGAGCAGUACCUGUCCACGGGCUACCUGCAGAUCACAGAGCGGCGAGAGCCCAUAGGCAGCAUGUCAUCCAUGGAAGUGAACGUGGACAUGCUAGAGCAGAUGGACCUCAUGGACAUAUCCGACCAGGAGGCCCUGGACGUCUUCCUGAACUCUGGUGGAGAAGAUAACACUGUGCUGUCCCCCGCCUUAGGGCCUGAUUCCAGUGCCUGUCAGAAUGAGAUUACCCUCCAGGUUCCAAAUCCCUCAGAAUUGCAAGCCAGGCCGCCUUCCUCAUCCUCCACCUGCAUCGACACGGCCGCCCAGGACAUCAGUGAGGGUGGGGAGUCCCCUGUCGUUCAGUCUGAUGAGGAGGAUGUUCAGGUGGACACUGCCCUGGCCACAUCACAAACCGACAGAGAGGCUGCUCCAGAUGGUAGUGACGAGAGUGACUCUUAAACUGGGACAUGGAAUCCAGUUUUGUCUGUGUGCGCAAGUCCACCUGGAAAGCCAGGAUGCUUCUAGAGGGUAUUGAUUUUUACAUAAUUGCCAGUAAUUCAUGAGAAACUGAAAGAACGGCAAACAAUAAAGGUGAGGACAUGAAACGGUAAA